UCAGAGAAUAAAAUUAUUAAUUAUUUUAUUAUUUAUUUAUUUAUUUUUUUUUUUUUUGAAAAAAACUUCUUUAGUUCUUAUUAUAUUUUUUAAAGAUAAAAAUGAAGAAGAGCAACACCACAACCUGAAGGGAUAGAAAGAUGACGAAGGCAAAGAAGGAGUUAAUGGCUUCAGCUCCAUGGAGGGUGAGCGAGGAGCCCAAAGACGAGUUCAAAGACGCCAAGCUCAAGGUAACCACCAAGCCAGGGGGCUCUUCAACCAUGCAUGUCCCUGGUAAGAAGUCACAUCGUUCCAUGGACCAAGACCUCGAUGAUUCCCUUGUCGAAAUCGACCCAGAGCUCCGUUACAGUUUUCAUCGAAAUUUUCAGUUUCUUCAACGGGUUUUUAGUAUUGACACCAUUGUGAAACCUCUUCCACCUGUCAUGGCUUACAAUGUCUCCCGCAACUUGAGCUUCUUCACUCGCAUUUUCACGCAGUUCUUCGACCCCGAAGGUAUUGCAAAUGCUCAGAGAUCUCUUGGUAUAGGACAGGAAGAAAGAGCUCGAAAAGUUCGUUGAUGGCGGAAAAACAUGAAGGAAUGAAUGAAGCAAAUGAUGUUUACAUGUAUUAAGGUUUUUUUUCCCUCAUUGCAGUCUAUGAUGGCUUUAGAUGUUAAAAAUACUUCUCUAGCUCAAGUUUUUGUUUUGUUUUUGCUUUUAAAGGGAAAUAAAUAUUUCAUCAACUAGUUAAAUGGAACAAGUUUUAACCAAAAA